GAUGAGCGAACCCGAGCCGCAGGAGCUGGGUGCCGAGGUGGUAAGCGGAUCGCUCGUCUCCACAGAGGACACCCAGGAGCUGACGAAGGCCAAGUACAACAAUCUGUGCCGGGAACUGAACAUAGACCGUCAAACGGAGAAGGAUGGAUACCAAAUGUUUCAUGAAGUCUCCCAGCGCUGCUCCCUGGAGGGUGAGUUCCCCCACUGGCUGGGCUGUGCACUGUUCGCCGCCUGUCGCCAAUCCAGCACCCCCACUGUUAUUGGCCAGGAUGCAGUGGUCCGGGGCAACUGUGUCUCCCUCAACAAUCUCCUGCGCUGCUGUCAAAUGAGUAUCUACGACUUUAAGACCAAGAUAAAGCAAUGGUGCGACAUGGCCAACCUGCCGCAGGAGUUUGUCAACGAGAUCGAGGUUCUGGAACGAAGGUUCAGCAUUACCUUCACGCUGUACAAACGCUACCGCUCCAUCUUUGACCAGCUAUUCACCUGUCCGCCCAACGAGAAGAAGCCUUCGAAGUACAUUUCCCUGAACUCCAGCCGCGCCCACGGCAAGUGCUCGUACAUCAAGCUGGACGACAUCACCUGGCGGCUGUUUCUCUGCGCCAAGAACCAGAAGCCCAGCACCACGGUGGACCUGGUGACGUCCUUCAACCUGAUGAUCUGUUGCAUCGAUCUGAUAUACAACAACGUGCUGUCCGAGAAGCGCGCCGAUCUCAUCAAUCCCAAAUUCGAGGGCCUGCCAGCCAACUGGAUGGAGCAGGACUUCCGCCACCAGCAGCACUGUAUUCUGGACCACUUCUGCGAUAUGACCGAAGAGGCCAGAGCCAUGAAGGCCACCACCUUCCGAGAGAUUAUAUCCAGUUUCAUGCAGACCUCGACCAUCUAUGGACAGAGGGACACCAUGCUGGGCCUGCUGGCCAAUGAGAACUUCGAGCGCAAUCUGAAAUCGCUCAACAUUAGCUACGAGCAGUAUGUCCUCAGUGUCGGAGAGUUCGAUGAGCGUAUCCUUAGCGCCUACGACGCCGGCGACCACACCGGCAUGAAUGACCAAGCCCUGAGGCCGCCGGUGACGCCUCUCACCCGCAAACAGGACCUGCCGGCCGCAACGGCAAUGUCUGGCGAUAAGUUCGAACCCGUCCUGAAUGCCACCACCAAUGUGAAGCAGCUCGCCGCCUUUGCCCGUAUCACGGAACCCACGGAGUUUGUCAUGCAAGCUGGUCCGGAGGUUAUCGCCAAGCUGCUGAACAACCUCGACGAGAUGCAGCAGAAGUUCCUCGCCAAGUAUACAUCCCCGGAGGCGAAGAGCCGAUUCAAGCUGGCCAAGUCCUUUUACUUCUACCUGCUGGACCAGAUCCUCCAGGCGGAGAUCAGGAACAAGCCGGACAUCGAUCUCAAGCGGCUGUUGGUGCAGAAGAUCUCCCUCGACAUCUUCAACAUUACGCUGAUGGCCUGCUGCGUGGAACUGGUGCUGGAGGCCUACAAGACGGAGGCCUACAAGUUCCCCUGGGUGCUCGAGUGUUUAAGUAUUAGUUCGUUCGAGUUUCAGAAGAUCAUCGAGAUCGUGGUGCGUCACGGCUCCCACGGCUGUCUGACUCGGUCUCUCAUCAAGCACCUGAACUCCGUCGAGGAGACGUGCCUGGAGCAGCUGGCCUGGGUCAGCAACUCGCCCUUGUGGACCAUGAUCUCCUCGGCGUCAUCGCCGCUGCCGACGUCCCUGGAUGUGAACCGGAACCGUACUGCCGGCCCACUGGAGAUCUUUCUGCGCAAGUUGUACUUGCUGGCUUGGCUGCGCAUCCAGAAACUCUGCUCGGAGCUGGGCCUCUGCGAUCCGGAGCGCAUCUGGCACAUCUUCGAGCACUCGAUCACCCACGAGACCGAUCUGAUGAAGGACCGCCACCUCGAUCAAAAUAUCAUGUGUGCAAUAUAUAUCUACAUUAGAGUAAAGCGAAUGGAGGACCCCAAAUUCAGUGACAUAAUGCGAGCGUAUCGCAACCAACCGCAGGCGGUGAACAGCGUCUACCGGGAGGUGCUCAUCGGGGUGAACGAGGAUGGGGAGCCGAAGGUGAAGGAUAUCAUUUACUUCUACAAUCACAUCUAUGUGCCGGCGAUUAAGAAAUUUGCUAUCGGCCAUCUGAGCAUGACGCCGGAUGUGAGCGGCGGUUGCACGAUCAGUAGCUCCGAUCUGUUGCUCUCGCCCCAUCCCAAGGAGCGGGCCGCCCAGCCGAAGAAGGUUACCCAAAAUCACUCGCUCUAUGUUUCGCAGAUGUCGAAGAACGAGAUCCAGCAGUCGCCUAAUCAGAUUGUCUACAGGUUCUACCAUAGUCCGGCCAAGGAGCUGCAGCUAAUGAACGAGAAGGUGCGCGGUGGCAAACGGAUGCUGAGCUUCGGAGACGACCCCACACCCGGCACAGUGACGGAAACGAAGCGUGCAGUCCGGGAGCUGCCGGGACAUCUAAGCCAGAUCAAGGCCGUGAUGGAUGACCGGGAAAAGGAGCAGGAACGGGAGCUGAGGGAGCAGGUCGAGCCACGGUCCGCUGGUACGGCGAGGGCAGGAGAACAUGAGACAUAGACAUUGGGAUCCAGGGGGCAGCUUAGAGUUUAGAUUAUUACAAACAACAAACAAACAAACAAACAAACAAACAAACAAAACAAAAAAACGGAAAAACUAAACACAAAACAAAACAAAAACAAAAACAAAAAAUCAGCCAGAGCCUGUGUCCAUACGCCGGUCUCUAUUCUCCUUUCGACUCUUUUAUGAUUGUUGUUUUAUUAUUAUAAUUAUUUUUUUAGAUUGACAUUUGUAUUUAAAGUAGCAUCUCUUUUAUAAUUUGUUCAAACACCAGCCAACAACAACCAUAUGAAUCAUAUGCUAACCAUUUCUAAUAUACAUAUUUGUAAAGAAACAGCACUUGAAUUUCUAGUAACGGCCUGUACACCACCCAUAUACAUCAAACUAACAAAUCAAAUUAAGGCAAUCCACAUUAUAUAUACGCAUAUAUACAAAUACACUUUACAAAAAUUCUGA